AUGUAUGGUGCACUGGAUGUAUACUUUUUGGUGCUGAUCUACCGCCACCGCCAGAGCGUUGUUGGAGCGCACUAUUUCCUGCUUUGCGUAUUGCUGGCUGGGAACAUAUUUUUGGUGAAUCUUGGCGUGGUUUACUCCGUGCUGUUUUCUACGUUCGUGAAGGUUCUGGCCGGGAUGGUGGCGCGUAUUGCAACCACUCUAGUCAGUUUGGGCUAUGGGAUUGUCCGAAUGCAGAUCUCAUGGCCAGAGGUGUUCGUGGUUUCUGGACUUGGCGUGUGUUACUUUAUCGCUGUUGGAGCAUUGGAAGUGAGCCAUCUUGCCAAUCAAUCGGACGGUGAUGUGCGGCCUCCUGCUGUCUGGGAAGCGCUCGUCAUAAUGACCAAUGCGUGCUUUGGGGGGUGGAUUUUCUUGUCUUUGGAGCUGACACGCAAGAAUCUUGCCGCUUUCGGCCAGGUAAGGAUUCCCGUUAUGCCUCCUGUACCACGAAACCCAACAACCGCUCACCACUAA